AUGGCAUCCUUCAAGUUCAGCAACCUGAUCGCAAAGAAAUGCAAACCUUUCAAUGAAGGAGAAUUUGUAAAAGAUUGUUUUCUUGAAGCAGCUGACAAUCUUUUUGAAGGAUUUAAGAAUAAGAAAGAGAUCAUAGCUGCUGUUCAAGAUGUACAAUUGUCAAGAAACACCGUCGUGCAGCAAAUAGAAAAGAUGUGUGCAGACACAACUGAACAACUGUUGGAGGAUGUUUCAGAUUGCGUUGCUUUCUCACUCCAACUGGAUGAAUCUACAGACAUAAGAGACAUAGCCCAGUUACUAGUCAGUGUUAAAGAAGAACUACUUGGAACGAUUUCUUUAAAAGGGAGAACUACCGGUCAGGAAAUAUUCAGCUCUUUCCAUUCUUUUGUGACAAAGUGUAAUCUUCCUUUGCAUAGACUUGUUUCCAUCACUAUUGAUGGAGCAAGAGCAAUGACAGGUGAGGUUAAUGGUUUCAUAGGCCUCUGUAGACAGCAUGAUGACUUUCCAGAUUUCCUUUCUUACCACUGCAUCAUUCAUCAGCAAGUUUUGGCAAGCAAGAGAGUCAAUACAAAGACUGUCAUGGACAUAGCUUUCAAAAUUGUAAAUUCAAUUCGUGGAAGAUCACUUCAAAAACGGCUUUUCAAUCUUAUUCUUGAUGAAGGGGCAGUGGAAAUCAUUUUGCACACAGAUGUAAGGUGGCUAAGUAGGCACAAAUUUCUGCAAGGAUUUUGUGAUUUGCUCAAUGAAAUAAGGUUUUUGAAGGAGAGAGAUGACAAAGCAGAGUUGGAAGAUGAGGAGUGGUUAUGUGAUCUGGCAUUUCUCGCUGACUUUACAGGUGAGCUAAGUGAUAUGAACAUUGAACUACCAGGUAAAAACAAAUGCAUUGGUGAGAUGAUGAGUACAGUUUCAUCCUACAAGAGCAAAUUUGAGCUAAUGAUGACUGACCUUGCAAACAACACUUUUGAUCAUUUUCUUAAUACGCAGGACCAUCUGGGACAAAAUCCAAAUUUUGUUUUUCAGAACAAAAAGUAUGUGACAGAAAUCUACUCUGUUAUCCAGGAAUUCAAAAAAGAAUUCCGUGACUUCCAAAAAUUUGAAAAAGUUGUGGAGUACUUGUCAUACCCAUUCAAAGUAGAUAUGGACAUUAAAGAAACUGUAGCUGCUAUCAGUAAAAAUUACUCAUUGAACAAGGCAUCUCUUGAAAAUGAAAUAUUAACCCUUAAAAAUGACAUUUUUCUCAAGACCCGUGCUGAGCAAGAAUCAUUUUGGAAGCUAGUGCCUAGAGACAAAUUUCCCAACUUGAGAAGAUGCAGUGAAGCUGUAAACUCCUGUUUCAGUUCAACUUAUUUGUGUGAAUCUGCGUUUUUCCAUCUGAAAAUGACAAAGAGUACACAGCGUUUCAACAUGACUGAUGAACAUCUCCAGGAUUCCCUGAGACUGGCCCGCACGCAAUAUUCACCCAACUUAAAAAAGCUGGUGAAUGAAAUGCAGGCUCAGACGUCUCACUAA